AUGAGCGCUGCAUUUCGCGUGCCGCUGCGGGCCUUCGCCAAUCCCGCCACGGCCAUUCGACAAACAUCAACAACCUCGAUCGCGAGCCCUGCGCUCUCUCUUCGCGCGGUACGCCCGUCCUCCUCGCCCCUGGGAUCAAUUGCUUCCAAGCUAUGGAGUCGUCAAUCCUCUGAAGUACGCUCGCAAGCUACAUCGUCCAGCCGGUGUUUUUCGACGAGAACCUCGCCUCUCAGGUCCGCGGAGGAAAAUGUGACUAGUAACGAGGGAGUGAAAUCAAAGCCUGGCCCGUCGCAGAGCAAGAAACCGAUUGCGCUUCUGGUUGUCUUGGGUCUGCUGGGUGUUGGCGCGGCUGUAUACUCGGAAGAGCUCAAGCAUGGAUAUGGCGCGGCGCGGAGGAGUGGUCGCGUGGUUGGUACACUGGCCGUUUGCAUUAAUGACUACCGCGUGACGCUCAACAAAGAAACCUCAAACCCCGAAGAACGAGACGAGUUGAUCCGCGCUUGCCACAAGCGCUGCGCGGAGCGUACCUUUAGCAUGGGCUACUUGCUCCCCAUCGAAUGGACUACAACGUUCAUCCCGCUCCAAGAUAAAUGCCCCGUGUCGUCGAUCGAGUCGAUCGAGCAGAUGUUCGUUCAGGAUACCGGCCAGACUAUUGAUGAGCUAUUCAGCUAUUUUGAUCCCGAGCCUACUGGUGCUGCUUCCUUGGCCCAGGUUCACGUCGCGACGCUGAAGGGAACCGGCCAAAAGGUUGCAGUCAAGGUACAGCACCCUGCUCUAGCUGAGUGGGUACCGCUGGAUCUGGCAUUGACCAGAUUUACGUUUUCUAUGCUAAAGCGCUUUUUCCCGGAGUAUGAUCUGGAAUGGCUUUCCCGGGAGAUGGACCUGUCUUUGCCCGUUGAGCUGGACUUCCGAAUGGAAGCUCAGAACGCUACUAUUGCUAGCGAUUACUUCAAGAAGCACUCCGAUGUGCCAUUAGUUAUCCCCGAAGUCAUGUGGUCUCAAGAGCGCAUCCUGGUUAUGGAAUUCAUCUCCGGCCGACGCCCCGACGACCUCGAAUUCCUCGACGCGAACAACAUUGACCGCGACGAAGUCUCCGCCGCCUUCGCUCACAUCUUCAACGAGAUGAUCUUCGGCGAUGACGCUCCGCUGCAUUGCGACCCGCACGGCGGCAAUAUCGCCAUUCGCCCCAACCCUAACAGCCGCCACCCGAACUUCGAAAUCAUCCUCUAUGACCACGGUCUCUACCGUACCAUCGACCGAGACCUGCGACGCAAUUAUGCCAAGCUCUGGCUGGCAGUCAUCGACGCCGAUGUACCCCGCAUGCGCGAGUUUGCGUACAAGGUCGCCGGCGUCACGGACGAGCAGUUCCCACUCUUCGCUAGCGCAAUCACGGGCCGUGACUAUAGCGUCUUGACGAAGAAGAAUGUUGCUUCUCUCCGUACAGCUGAUGAAAAGAAGGAGAUCUCUGGCGCUCUUGGUGAGGGCAUGUUGCAGCAGUUGGUAGUGUUGCUGGGCCAGGUUCCGCGGAUUAUCCUGCUUAUUCUGAAGACGAAUGAUUUGACUCGCAGUCUAGACGAGAACCUGCACACCCGCUCCGGGCCAAUGCGCACAUUUCUCAUUCUAGCCCGGUACGCCACCCGCACCGUCUUCGAAGAACAAAUGGAGACCAUCCGCGGCUCUGGCGGCGUGUUCUUGAAUUUCUUCCGCUUCCUCUCUGCCUGGGUCGGCUUCUUGCGGGUCGAAGUCAAACUCUCUGUUUACGAGACCGUUCUCUCGAUGAAGAGCCGGUUCGGACUGCGAACUGGUUGA